AUGAAUAAUGAAGAUUUCUUUUGGAAAGUUUUUCAUAAUAAAUUUUUAUUACGUUGUAUUAUAAAACAUAUUCAAAAUACAGAAUGGGUAGAAUACGAUGACCCAAAACAAAUUCAUGCAGAUAAUAGAUUAAAGUUUAAAGAUAUUCACUCAUUAAGUUGGAUGAUAAAUAAAAAGUUAUUUUCAUUAAUAAAAUGUAAAUUACAAUCAAAUAAUGAUUAUAUACAAAUUGAUAAAGAUUCAAUAGAUAUAUUAUUUACAACGAUUUCAAAUUUAUCAAUAAAUUCUUCAUCAUCAUCAUCAUCAUCAUCAUCAUCAUCAUCAUCAUCAUCAUCAUCAUCAUCAUCAUCAUCAUCAUCAUCAUCAUCAUCAUCAUCAUCAUCCUCAUCCUCAUCCUCUUCUUCUUUAGAAAUAUUAAAAGAAAUUAUCCAUUUGUUAUUAGAAAAGAAGAGAACAGAAGUUGAAAUUACAGAUUUAACAUUUUUAGCAGUGAAAUGUAAUUGUAUUUGUGUAUUGGAAAUUCUUACCAAUGAUCCUUACUCUAUUAUAGUUUAUCCAUCAACUUUUGAAUUUGCAAUUUUAAAUUCAAACCCAACAAUAGUUUCAUAUUUAAUAUCAACUUUUAAUAAAACAUAUAAAGAAUUCAAUUUAAUAAUUGAUGAAAUUAUACAAACUAAAUCAUUCUCAUUUGCAUUAAAAAAUAAUAAUUUUAAAGAAGAAAUGAUUUAUUAUAUAAUUAAUAUAUUAAUAUUACCAGAUAAUAAUAAUAGUAAUAAUAACAAUAAUAAUAAUAACAAUAAUAAUAAUAAUAAUAAUAAUAAUAAUAAUAAUAAUAAUAAUAAUAAUAAUAAUAAUAAUAAUAAUAAUAAAAAUAAUGAAGAACCACCACAAAAAAGAAUUAGAUAUAGUAAUAAUAAUAAUAUUAAUAAUAAUAAUAAUAAUAAUAAUAAUAAUAAUAAUAAUAAUAAUAAUAAUAAUAAUAAUAAUAAUAAUAAUAAUAAUAAUAAUAAUAAUAAUAAUUUUAUUGAUUUUAAAACAUUUAAAUCAUUAAAAUGUUUAAAAACUAAAUGUAAAUUAAUGGAAUUAAAUUUAGUUAUUAAAACAAAUAUUGAUUUUUUAGAAGAUGAAGAAUCAUUUAUUAAAUUAUCAAUUGAAGAAUUGAAAUAUUUAUUAGUGAUAAUAAGAAAAUAUAAUAAUAAUAAUUGUGAUAAUAAUAAAUUACAAGAAAUAAAUGAAGAAAAAGAAUUACAAAAAUUAAUAAUAAUUGAAUCAAAUAGUAAUAGAUACUAUAAAGAAUAUAUAUAUAAAUAUAGAGAAUUAAUAAAUGAGAUUGAAUUAGAAUCAAUUUAUAAGAAUCAAAUUAUAGAACAAAUUAAUUAUAAUUAUCAAAUUGAAUUUAUUAAUUUUUUUAGAUACUUAAAAGUGUUUCAUCAAUUUAUUAAAUUUACAACAACUCAAACAAAUUGUGAAAUCGUUGAUUAUAAUAAUAAUAAUAAUAAUAAUAAUGGUUGUAGUGAUUGUAAUAAUUUAUCAUUUAAAGAUAUAUUCCAAAGAAUUAUUAAAGAAAUUAAAGAGAAUCAAUUAAUUUGGAAUCCAAUUUUAAUUGAUUUAAUUAGUAUUGGUGUAGAUGGUAAUGGAUUUAUUAAGGAGAAGAUAAUUAUAAGAGAUAGAGAGACAAUUGAUUGGAUUACAAAUAUUAAAUUGCCAUGGUUAAAGAAAAUAAUACUUGGUGAGAAUGUAUAUAGUUUUAAUAAAUUUGAAAUUCAGUCAUUGGAAUUAGCGAUUUAUACUGAAAAGGAUACAAUUUUACCAAGUCUAUUUGAAAUGGCUGGUUUGAAUUCAAUUAGAGCACAAAUAUACAAAAAUACAUGGGUUGAGGCUAUAAAGAAUUGUGAUAUUCAAAAUUUAAAGAUACUAAUUUCAUCACCAAUAAAUUUAAAAAUUCAAUUUUUUCAUUUAAAUGAUUUCAUUCAAGAUCAGAAUAAUAAUAAUAUUGGUAUUAGUAAUUCAAGUGAUGGUAACUGUGGUUGUAGUGAAGAGAAUAGUGGUAAUAUAAUUUUAAAUGAAGAAUCAAUUAUUAAAAUUAUUGAAUUUUAUAAUUCAUAUGGAUUUUCAUGUUUUUCAUAUAAUUCAUUGGAAUUAUUUAUUAAAGAGAUUGUAAUGAAAUCAAUACCAAUUAAUCAAGUAUUGGAAUUAAGAUUGGAUUUAUCAUUGAUGAAUAAAGAUUCUUUAUUCUUCUUUUUAAUAGAGUCAAUGUUGUUCUCUGAUAUUGUAAUGAUUCAUUUAUUAUUGAUAAAUAAUGAUAUGGUAGAACAACAGAUUUUCGCAAAUGAUUAUUUCGAAUUCAGUAGAUUAAAACAAUGUAGAUACAUUUUCGAUAAGGAUCGUAACAUCUUUCAUUAUGAUCAAUUCAUUGCGAAUAGAAUAGGUGGUUGUACAAAUAAAAUCAAUAAAGUCAAUAGUAAUACCAUAAUAGAUAUCAUUGAAAAGUUGGUUUGUAAAUAUAGACAAUCCAAUUUAGUUGCUUCAAAUAAUAAAUCAGUUAAACAAGCGUAUAAUGAAAUUUUCAAUUACUACUUUGAAAAGUUAAUUCAAAUUAAAGGUAUCUCAAUUGAUUUGGUUGAAAAGAUUUAUUUUAAAUUAAUAAAUCAACUUUCAAUUUCAAUAAAUCAUACAUUAUUUCAUUCAUUCUAUUAUCUUCAAAUUAGGUCAACAAAAUUAUCAAAAUGUAUACUUACAAAUCCAUUCAUUUCAAUUAUUAUUCAAUCUGAUUAUUCAAAUUAUUAUAAUUGUUCAACUGAAUAUGGCACAAAUUCUGGUGUUGGUAAUAUUGGUGGCGGUGGUGGUGGCGAUGGUAUACCGGAUAUUAAGGAUUAUUUAGAUACAAAUGUAUUCACUUAUAAUUAUAUUUUAGGUCGUACUUUAAAAGAUAAUUAUAAUAAUAAUAAUUUUGAAUUUUCAAAUUCAUUAAAUGAUAUAAUUGAAAAAAUUAUAUAUCAAUUAGUUCAUAAUUAUAUUAUAUUAUUCGAAGAGAAACGUGGUAUUUAUAGAAUUGUAUUACAAGUUUUAAUGAAUGUUUAUUUACAAUAUUGUUUAGAGAUUAAAAAUAUUGAUUUAUUUUUCAAACAAUUACAAUUCAUUCAAGUUUAUUUAAAUAAAGAGAAUCAAAGUGGUCAUUUCGAUCAAAAUGAAUUAUUUCCACACACAACACCAAUUCAUAAAUCACCAGCUUCAACCAUUCUAUUAACUAGUAAACUCUAUGAAACCACUGCUGGUGGUGGUAAUGCUAAACAGUUUCCAAUGAUUCCUUUAUCGAAACCAAUGUUAUCUUCAAAUUGGAUGACAACUCAAGAUUUAAAUUCUUCAACAGAGGCAACUACAACACCACCAACUAAUCAUGCAAUGAUCUCUUUAAUGAAAUCUUUUAAACCACAAUUCUUGGUAAACUCAUUCAAAUUCUCUGCAAGUGUUCUUAAAUUGGCUUGUAGAUUAAUGGAUGUUGAUAAUAUUCAAAGGUUAAUUGAAUUCAAUUUCUAUCAAACUCCAUUUCAAAAAAUUGUUUACUUUUGUUCAAUUCUGAGUGGUUGUUUUGAAAUUUCAAAAUUCAUUUUAAAUAAUUAUGAAAUUGAAAUGAAUGAUUUAAAUAAAAUGGUAAUAAUACCAGUACCACCAUCAUCAUCAUCAACAACAACAUCAUCAUCAAUUACACAACCACAACUAGAUCCAAUUACUACGACAACAACAGCUACAGACGAUGAUGAUGAUGAUAAUAAUAAUGAAGAUGAUAUUCAAAGUAAACAAAUCCAAUCACCAAAAUUAAAUCGUGACCAUUAUUUAGAAACAAAGUUUUUACUUGAAAAUUAUUUUGAAAAAGUUAAAUAUCCAAUUAGAUUCAAAUUUGAUAAAAAUAAAUUUGAAAUGAAAUUGUUCACUUUUAGAUUCUUUGAAUUAUUAAAUAAUUAUUUUCAAAAGAAUGAAAAUAAAUAUAGAGAAUUUAUAAAUCAAAAUUUAACUUUAAUUCAAAGAAAACAAUUAUUAGAAGAAUUGGUUUUAAUUUUAUUAAAUCAACAAAAAAAACAACAACAACAUAAUCAUCAACAACAGCAACAGCAAGAACAGCAACAAGAACAGAAACAACAGAAAGAACAGGAAGAAGAUGAAGAUGAAGAAGAAGAAGAUGAAGAAGAAGAAGAAGAAGAUGAUGAAGAAGAUGAAGAAGAUGAAGUAGAAGAAGAUGAUGUGGAUGAAGAUGAUGAUGAAGAAGAGCAAGAAGAAAUUGUAAAUAUAGAUUAUAGAAAAUUAAAUCAAAUUUAUAAACAAUCAGAGAUUCAAGAUAGUUUAAAAAUUUUAUUUGGUCAAUUGUUAUUUAAUAAUGAUGAAGAAAAUGCAGAUAAAGAAUACAGAAAUCAAAAUGAUAAUAUUUUUAUUAAAUACUUUAUAAAAGGAAAUAUUCAAAUGUGUAAUCUAUUUUUAAAAUAUUAUCCAAAUCAAUUUAAAAUAACAACUUAUGCUAUCACUCAAGCUAUCAACAAAGAUAAUAUUCAUAUUUUAAAAUAUUAUUAUAAAAAUAAUAAUAUUAAUAAUAAUAUUAAUAAUAAUAAUAAUAAUAAUAAUUAUAAUAAGAGUCAAAUAAUAUCAAUAUUACCAAACCAUAUUCUUGAUAAUAAUAAUAGAUUUGAAAAUUCUUCCUCUUUCUUCAUUUCAAGUAACAAGGAUUUAGUGGAUCAUUUAAAAAAAGAACUAAACAAUCAUUAUAAUUAUAAAUUUGAUUUAAAUUGGUUAAAUUAA